AUGAACACUAUCAACAACAACACCAAUUUAAUUGUGAUGGACGGGUCUAGAAACAGAGAUUUUGAAGACUCGGAUUUAAGCUUUGCCUUCAACAAUUCUAGUUUUUCGGAUAGUAUCAUUCAACUUAAAAUCAUGAAGGAUGAUAUUGAAGUUUUCCCCAAUAUCAAAAAUGGCUCCACAAGUGCCAAUCAUACUAGCCACGACAAAAGAAGAAGGGAGGACAUGCAGAAAGAAAAUGAUUUAUUAUCGGACAAACCUGAUGUAGAUGAUGGUGUGUUGUGUGAGCCUCAGAAGGAUGCAAAUGUUGAAGUGCCCGCAAUUGGUGAUGAGGUUGGCAAUGCUGAUGUGACUGCAAAUUUUCAUAUGGACUACUCUGCAGUCGUUAAAGAGAAGACAUUGUAUGUCAGCUCCUCCAUCCUAGCCGAGAAGAGCUCGUUCUUCUACAAGCUAUUUUCUAAUAGGAUGAAGGAGUCCAAGCAGGCUCACAUCACCGUAAGAAUCACUGCAUCUGAGGAAGCUCCAUUCAUGGAGCUUUUAAAAUUUAUGUACAACGAUUCUCUAUACGUGACCUCACCACCUAGAUUGAUGGAUAUCUUGAUGGUGGCAGACAAGUUUGGGGUGGCGUCCUGCAUGAGAUAUUGCAUCCGAAUAUUGCUAAACAUCCCCAUUACACUAGAGGCUGCGUUGCUUUACCUAGAUCUUCCUCAUAGUGUCCUAAUGACUGAAGUUGUUUGGCCAUUGGCUAUAGCAGCAAAAAAGUAUCUUGUUGCUCGUUACAAGGAUGUCACAAAACAUCAGGAGGAGUUGAUGAGAUUGCCACUUGCUGGGAUCAUGGCAUUACUAUCCAGCGAUGAGCUGCAGGUCGCAUCUGAGGAUGUACUAUAUGACUUUGUGCUGAUGUGGGCUCAAACCCAAUACCCUAGUCUGGAAGAGAGGAGAGAAAUUCUAAGAGAAAAGCUUAUCCCCUUCAUCCUCUUCCCAUACAUGACCUUCCGCAAGCUGAAGAUGAUUCGAAGUUGCAAUGACUUUGAAGAUGAAGUCACUUCUAAGCUAGUAUUAGAUGCCUUAUAUUUCAAGGUUGAGGGGCCACAGCAGAACCGAAUACUAGCAGCAGAAUCGGCUUCCACUAGUCGUUUCUUCAUUGAGCGGUCAUACAAGUACCACCCUAUUAAAGUUGUGGAAUUUGAACAUCCACAACAACAAUGUGUGGUAUAUUUAGACCUAAGGCGGGAGGAGUGCUCCAACUUGUUCCCCUCUGGCCAAGUCUGUUCACGACCCUUCCAUUUAGGCAGUCAUGGGUUUUUCUUGUCAGCGCAUUGCAAUAUGGACCCGCAGAGCUCCUACCAUUGCUUCGGCUUGUGCUUUGGCAUGUAUGAGAAUGACUCUACGAACUUCAGUGUUGACUAUGAAUUUGAUGUUCGAUCGAGGCCAACCUUAGAAUAUAUUUGCAAAUUUAAAGGAAACUUUAUAUUUACCGGGGGAAGAGAAGCAGUCGGUUUCAAGAAUUUUUUUUCCGCACCAUGGACAUCUUUCAUGGAGGAGGACAACCUCUACUUUAUUAAUGAUGUUCUCUAUCUUAAAGUAGAGCUAACAAUGAGAAACUUGCUGGAUUAGUCUUAUAAAUUUGCAGUUCUGAUAUUUUGUAGCACUUUUUUCUAUUUCCC